GAUUGGUGGACUCUGUAACACGAGCUCCUACAGGAAAGUUGCAACACAACAGACAAGAGAGUUAAAUAAUACGUGAAAGACUAACGUGGGUGUUAGUCUUAGUUUGAUAGUUAAUAUUUGUUCCGGCUUGGCUUGAAGUACAGCCUGUAUCCUCAGCUAACCGGUACUAUUUCUAUGGGCUCCAAGAGACGACGCAUCGCUUCUCCCUCCAGCAGUGUGAGUGGAGAGUUUGAGGAUGCUGCUUCAUCAACUCCAGCCAGUAGCUGGAAAAGGAGGAGGACUUCUAAUGCCACUGCUGUUGAUCAAAUUGCUGUUUGCAGUGAACUGUACAAUACUAUCAGGGACUACAAAGAUGAGCAAGGGAGGCAGAUCUGUGAGCUCUUUGUUCGUGCUCCGAAAAGAAGGAAUCAGCCGGAUUAUUAUGAGGUGGUGAGCCAGCCCAUUGACAUGAUGAAGAUCCAACAGAAGCUCAGGACUGAAGAGUACCAAGAUGCAGAGCACUUCUCUGAAGAUUUUAAGCUACUUAUAAACAAUGCCAAAGCUUACUAUUCGACUGAUAGUCCAGAGUACAGGGCUGCCUGUAAGUUGUGGGAUCUGUUUCUAGCCACAAAGAGUAGCCUUCUUCGUGGAGAUGUCGAGGAUGAUGAGGAAGAAGAGGAAAGUGAAGAUGCUGACAACCCAGGAGUCUCCACAGAGGAGGAGAUGUCACCCAACUAUAUGAAAGGGGUCCUAGAGCAGCUGUUGGAGUCUCUUGUAUCUUAUACUGACUCUUCAGGGAGAUUAGUUAGUGAACUUUUCCAGAAGCUGCCCUCUAAACUGCAAUACCCAGACUACUAUGCCAUAAUCAAAGAGCCAAUAGAUUUCCGAACCAUUGCUCAGAGGAUACAGAUGGGGCAUUACAAAUCCAUCAGUGCCAUGGCCAAGGAUAUUGAUCUUUUGACCAAAAAUGCCAAAGUCUACAAUGAACCUGGAUCACAAGUUUAUAAGGAUGCAAACACAAUCAAGAAGGCCUUUAUUCAGAGAAGGACUGAACUUGAGCAGGCAGAACCAACAAAAUCCAGCCUCCGCAUUAGGAAUCGGAGGUCAGCUCAGGGUGCUAUUACCAUGUCUCUGCAGCCUGGCUCAGAGAGCGAUGAAGACUCCAUUCUGUCAGGCUCUGUGCGGUAUGAUGCUGGGGAGGCAGAGUCUGAAAGUGGGCACACUCGACUAUCUACUGGUGACCCUAUCUUCCAGCUGUAUCAAGCUGUCAGAGGGGCCCGUAACACUCAGGGUCAGCUCCUUGCUGAGCCGUUCCUUCAGUUACCUUCACGCAGAGAGUACCCUGAUUACUACCAGCAGAUCAAACACCCCAUUUCUCUCCAACAAAUUAGAGAAAAAAUGCGAAGUGGCGAGUAUGAGGGAGUCGAGCAGAUGGAAUCAGACCUUAAUUCUAUGUUUGAGAAUGCUAAACGCUACAACGUCCCCAAUUCAGCCAUUUACAAGCGUGCUCAGAAAUUACAGCAAAUAAUGCAGUUAAAAAGGAGAGAACUACUUCGAGAUGAUGAUGAGGGUGACAGUUUGUUGUCCACCAUGACCCCUGACACCGGAAGCACCAAGAGAAAAAGUCAUAAGAAGAACACAAAGAAAAACAGAAUGAAAGCAUUGUAUGCAGCAGUGACAGAGGCACGAGAGGCAGGUACAGGUCGGCGCCUCUGUGACCUCUUCAUGGUGAAGCCGUCAAAGAAGGACUAUCCCGAUUACUACCAGGUUAUCUUGGAGCCCAUGGACCUUCGCACCAUUGAGAGCAAUAUUCGCAGUGAGCGCUAUGUCAGCGAGGAGGCUCUCAUGAAUGACAUGAAGCUCAUGUUCCGCAACGCUCGCCAUUACAACGAGGAAGGCUCUCAGGUUUACAAUGAUUCAGACAUUCUGGAAAAAAUUGUAAAGGAAAAACAGAAGGAACUUGGACCUUUACCUGAGGAGGAUGAUGUUGGCUCACCCAAACUCAAACUAAGGAGGAGUGGGGGUGCUGCAUCUCCCAAGAAGUCUCGUUCUCAGACGUCUCUGCAGCAGAAACUGGGCGAGCUCUAUGAAGCUGUCCGCACUUUCACGGACAGUCGUGGACGCCGCCUGAGCACGGUGUUUCUGCGUCUGCCAUCACGCUCUGAGCUGCCUGAUUACUACGCUGCCAUCAAACGCCCUAUUGAUAUGGAGCGUGUGCGCAGCUACAUGAUCCAGGGUCGCUAUCAGGACAUUGAGUCAAUGGCUGAGGAUUUCAUACUUAUGUUUAACAACGCCUGUACAUACAAUGAGCCUGAGUCGCUCAUCUACCGCGAUGCACUGAUGCUCCAUAGAGCCUUCCUUGAUGCGCGCCGCAGCAUGGAGAAGGAGGAAGAGGAGGGAGAAGAAAGAGCUGGAUCUCAAGUGGCCGUAGCACCACUGGUUUGUGAGCUCAUUCGGAACCUCUUUGUGUCAGUGAUGGGCCAUCAAGAUGACGAGGGCCGCUGCUACAGUGACUCGCUUGCAGAGGUGCCCGCUGUGGAUCCAACAGACUCAGAGGAACCACCUCUUAACUUGGAGAUAAUCCGCAACAACAUAGAGCGUGGACGCUAUCGGAGGCUGGAUGUGUUUCAGGAGCAUUUCUUUGAGGUGCUGGAGAAAGCCCGCCGCCUUAACAGAACGGAUUCUGAAAUCUUUGAGGACUCAAUUGAGCUGCAGCAGUUCUUCUUGAAGAUCCGAGAUGAGCUAUGCAAGAAUGGUGAGAUCCUUCUCUCUCCAGCACUGAGCUACACAUCCAGGCACCUGCAUUCAGAUGUGGAGCAGGAGAAGAGAGAAAAACUGCCUCAGGAAAUGGAGGAAGAUCGACUCAAAAUUGAGGAAGACAAGAAAGAGGAAAAGACAGAGGGUGCUACAGAUGGACAGUGGUCAUCCAGCCUUCAGAACACCUAUAGUCAAGACUGCAGCUUUGAGAACAGCACCUACAGUGUAGGAGACUAUGUGUAUGUGCAGCCAUCUGAAGCCAACUUGCAGCCCCACAUUGUAAGCAUCGAGAAACUAUGGAAGGAUGAGGCUGGGGAGCAGUGGCUGUAUGGCUGCUGGUUUUAUCGACCAGGUGAGACCUUCCACCUGGCUACACGCAAGUUCCUGGAAAAGGAAGUAUUCAAGAGUGACUAUUACAAUAAAGUUCCAUUCAGUAAGAUACUGGGGAAGUGUAUGGUGCUAUUUGUUAAGGAUUAUUUCAAACUCCAGCCUGAGGGCUUCAAGCCUGAGGACGUCUAUGUUUGUGAGUCUCGUUACACAACCCGGACCAAGGCCUUCAAGAAGAUCAAAUUGUGGACUACGCCUCCAAGCUCGGUGAAAUUAAUCACUCGUGAUGUGCUGUUACCUGUAGUCAGAGUUGUGUCCAUGUUUGUCAGUGCUGUAAAUCGUGACCAGGACAAGAUGGCAGACUCUGCUGAUGAUCAUGGUACCUUUAUUGAGAAAGAGAGAGAGGCUGUUCCUGUAGAGGUGGCUAAUGGUGAACCUGGAUGUCAGUACUAUGAACAACUAUGCUACAAUAACAUGUGGCUGAAAGUGGGUGAUUGUGUCUACAUUCGAUCACAUGGAUUGACUCGUCCACGAAUUGGCAGGAUUGAGAAGAUGUGGGAGCAGGAUGGAGUUCCUUUCUUUUUUGGGCCAAUGUUCAUCCACCCUGAGGAGACAGAACAUGAGCCCACAAGGAUGUUUUACCAGCGUGAAGUGUUCCUGAGCAACCUGGAGGAGACCUCCCCCAUGAUGUGCAUUUUAGGAAAGUGUGUUGUCUCCUCCUUUAAGGACUUUAUUUCCUGUAGACCAACUGAGUUUACAGAGGAGAAUGUACAUGUAUGUGAGAGCCGCUACAUUGAAAGCGAGAAGCAGAUGAAAAAAUUUAAAGGCCUCAAACGAUUUUCUCUUUCAGCCAAAGUGGUGGAUGAUGAAAUCUACUACUUCAGAAAGCCGUUUGUGCCUUCCAAGGAACCAUCCCCCCUGCUCGAUAAAAAGAUUGAAGAGCUAGAGGCCAAAUUUGCAGAUAUUGAUGACCUGGAUGAAGAUUUAGAUGAGAUGGAAGAUGAGGAUGAUGAAGCACCAGCAACACCAUCCUUGCCCCAGCUUCAGUCUUCAAUGACUAGCGAUAUGGACCUUCCUAACAUACCUCUACAGUCCACACCAAAGGCGAUUAAAGGUAUAUCCAAGAAAGAAGGAGCCAAGCGCAAGAUCAACAUGAGUGGCUACAUUCUGUUUAGCAGUGAGAUGCGAGCUGUCAUAAAGGCUCGACACCCAGAUUACUCCUUUGGAGAACUGAGUCGUCUUGUGGGUACAGAGUGGAGGAACCUGGAAUCUACUAGGAAGUCAGAGUAUGAAGAGCGGGCAGCAAAACUGGUAGAACAGCAGGAACGAGAAAGGGCCCUCCAGCAGCAGCAGCAGCAGCAACAGGCGGCAGCUUCCCCAAGAGCAGGUACCCCAGCCGGGUCUCUGAUGGGGGUGGUGCCUCCCCCAAGCUCUAUGGGGAUGCUAAACCAAGCCAUGCCACCUAUGUCAGGCAUGAUGGGAAAUUAUUGCCCACCCUUCAUGCCUAUGCAGGGACCUCCUGAUGGCAUGAUGGGUAUGGGUGGCACACCUCCUCACCCCAUGGGGGUGCCCGCGUUGCCACCUCAACACUACUUUACAUCAGGCAUGGCUGGGUACCCCGGUAUGCCCCCUUCUGGUGGAAUGGGACCUGGUAUUAAUGGUAUGGCUGGAAGUCCUGGUCCAGGAAACCCUUAUGGUGUUCAGAUGGGUGCAUAUGGCCCAGGGCAGGUGGCUCCGCCUCCAUACCCAGGUCAGAGUCAGCUGGGUCAGUCUGCUCACCAACCACAGGGCACACCUAUGUUCAUAGCACCACCUCCCAGGCCACAGCGCCUCCUGCAUUCAGAAGCCUACCUGAAAUACAUAGAAGGGCUCAGUGCAGAUUGUCCCACUAUCAGCAAAUGGGACCAGAGCCUUAAGGCUCAAAGAAAAGACUCUCGCCUCAGUAGAGAGCAGGAGAGCCGUCUUCCUUCUCACUGGCUGAAGAGCAAAGGUGCUCAUACCACAAUGGUGGAUGCGUUGUGGCGACUGCGAGAUUUAAUGAUGAGAGACACGCUCAGCAUCCGACAAGCUUACAACCUUUAACCUUUACGCUUUAAACCCUGACACUCAGGACACUUAUUUAUGCAAGACCAUACUUCAGCCAAAUCUAGCAUCAUUGUAAAUCAGCUGAUUUGUUCAGUAUGUUCCUCAGCAAUAAUAAUGUCAGAUUUUUGUAUAAAAAAUGAAGAAGAAGAUUUUAGUCAUUUACAUGGUUUCAAAUUGAUGCACUGGAAUUAUCACAAAUGCAUUAGCUAACUUAUAACUACUGAUGAUGGACGUCAUGGAUCGACAUACGGAUCAUGUUCCUGAUGACAGUUUGAAGUUUUAGGACUGUUUAGAUGAAAUAUGGUUAUGCAGGACAGCUUAAUUAACCACAUGUGAUUUUUAUCUGUUACAAUUUUCCCAGUUUAAUGGAUGUAUAGAGGAAUUACCUCAAACACUGAUAUAAUGGAGAAAUGAGUCUGGCUAACCACUUUUAGGUCUUAUUUAUGGUACAAUAUUACAUCAGGUGGACAAGCUGUAACACGCAGUUGUAUGUUACCAAUAUUUUUAAUGUGUCAGAAUAAGCUUGGUUUAUCUUUAUUUUAUGGACAAUUUAAUAUUUUUGCAUUUUGUUUGGUAAAAUUAAAAAAAAAAAAGUGUUGCUUUGUAU